AAACCAAAAUAAAUAAACAGUGGUCACCUUCGAGCGCCACUUGUUGUGUUCUACCGAUUGUAGCGUAAUUUAGUAGUUUUUGUCGUAAUAACCUCCGUAGGUAGGUAUGUCUGAAGCAAAGGAAUUACAAAACGAUGAACGCGAGGCACUGGUGUCCAUAUACGAGGGCGACAGCGCGUUCAAACAAGUGAACUCAGAAACGUAUCAAUAUAAGUACGGAGAAGAAGGCAAUAAGUCGUUUCUGCUAGAAAUUUGUUGGACAGAGAACUAUCCCAAUGAACUACCCACCUUUAAUCUAGACACGUUUUACAACCGGAAUCUCUCACGUACCGGUAAGGAUAGCAUCCUGUCGAUCCUUCGCGAGGAAGCCGAGCAAUGGAUUGGCUGUGGAAUGACGUACACUUUGUUCGAGUGCCUCAAGGAUAAGCUGGAAGAUUUGUUGACGGACGAAAAUUGUAAUGCCGGCGAAGGGCAGCAAGUGGUCAUCGGUACGGUGGAUGCUCGGCUGGAAGCUGAACAAUCAAACAGUGAUUCCGAUGACGAAGAUGGAAAUGAUGCAAAGGGAAACAAAAAAGACGCAAAGCGCGAACAGCUGACCAAGGCGCAGAAACGGAAACAGUGGGAUCGCGUGGAUAGCAAAGGAAAUCGACAGCGGGGCUGGAACUGGGUGGAUAUCGUCAAACAUCUUUCGCAAACCGGAGGAAAACCGGAGUAGUAAAGUUGUGAAAAUGACGCGAAAAAGAUAGGAAAAUAAACUAUCAAUAAUACUGUGAAUAUAUACUGUAAAAAUAUCGGAUAGCGAUGAAUGAGAAAGAACGCGCGUUUGUCGAAAGUGGAAAUAGUUUUGUUUUUUGCUUUAUUAUCUUCUAUAUUCUACAAUUCU